AUGCCAUCAGACGACGAAAAUGAACUCUUAGCACACCCAGAGUUCUGGGACGCCCGAUACAGCAAUGCGCCAGAGGGUGAGGGUCAUGCACCAACCCAUGAGUGGUUCCGAACAUACCAAGAUCUUGAGUUGUUUUUCCGGAAACAUCUUGUAGAAUGGAGGGCACCAGAAACAAACCCUAGGAUUGUCCACUUAGGCUCAGGCGAUAGUACUAUCCCACAAGAUCUAGCCAAGUUAGGCUAUUCAAAUCAACUCUGUGUUGAUUUUUCCCAAGUUGUUGUCGAGAAAAUGGCAAAGAGGGAUGCCAACACUACUGGCAUCGAAUGGAGACAGCUUGAUGCCCGCUCAAUGGAGAACAGCAUCGACAGUGGAGCAGUAGACGUCGCCUUUGACAAGGGCACUCUUGAUGCUAUGAUCCAUGGGAGCCCCUGGAACCCCCCGGAUGAUGUCAAAGACAACACUGGUAAAUAUAUCCGUGAAGUCUUUCGCAUCCUUAAAGAUGACGGGGUCUUUCUCUACGUCACCUACAGACAGCCUCACUUUAUAAGGCCGCUUUUGAAUUGUGAAGGGACAAGCUGGGACAUCGAUAUGGAAGUCCUCGGCAGUGGUGAGAGUUCAUUCGCAUAUCAUGGAUUCAUCUUGAGAAAGGCGUCACCUUCCUCUUAA